AUGACUGAAGGCCUGACAAGACGGCGCGGAGCCGGUCAAGGUGACUCUGUCGACCUCGGCUCACCUACCGGCCAAGCCUCGCGGAAGCCGGCCGCGAGCGUGCCAGCCAACAACACGACCGGCUCUUCCGGCGGAUCAGGCGCGAUGGAGGGACGGGGCAAAGUCGCCUUUGAUAAGCGGGACUUUGAGAACGGGAAUGAGGCUGGAGGAGAUCCCAAAUUGACAAUCAUGGAGGAGGUGCUGUUACUAGGGUUGAAGGAUAAGGCUGGAUACCUGUCGUUCUGGAACGACAACAUCUCGUAUGCCCUUCGGGGGGUAAUCCUUAUCGAACUCGCGCUCCGGCGGCGGAUAGCGAUGGUUCGGGAUCCAUCGCGGCGCAGACUGGCCCUGUCGGACCGGCUGAUCGAGGUGAUUGAUGAGAGACAAACGGGCGAGACGAUUCUGGAUGAGGCGUUGAAGAUGAUGAAGAGUUCGGAGAAGUAUGGAGCGGGUGCUUGGGUAGAUCUCAUGUCGGGCGAGACAUGGAAUAUUAUGAAGAUCGGAUAUCAACUAAAACAAGUGCGGGAGCGGCUCGCCAAGGGACUGGUGGACAAGGGCGUACUGCGGACGGAGAAGCGCAAUUUCGUGCUAUUCGACAUGGCCACCCAUCCCGUCGCGGACCCAAAUGUCAAGGAGGAAGUCGUAUCGAGGGUGUUGUCACUGGUCACGGCGCAAACGACGGCGAUACCGCCAAAAGCGCUGCAGAAGGAGGAGGUGCGGUAUCGGCAUAUGCGCGCAGUGGUUUUGGUCUGUGCGGCGUACGCUGCAUCCGUCCUCGAAAAUGCCUUACAACGGCUAUCGUAUGACUCCCGCGAGGCCGCUUUCCAGCGAUGCGACGACAUCCUCGCUGAGUUCUGCGUCUGGCCAUUCGGGCAGACGGUCGCAGCAUCAGCAGGCCCAGUGUCGAUCGGGGGCGGACCAACGCGGAAGCGCGAGGGCGGAAGCGGGUCAGGCAGAGAAAGCGUGCAGGAGCUGGUACGGAAAGUACGGGAGGAGAUGGCGGCGGGCGUAGCCGCACCAGCAGCAGGUCAGCCGGGAGCGGGUGGGAAGCAGGAGGGCGAGGAGGACCCCUGUUUCGAGGUAGUUGCGACUGUUUUGGAGAUCUUUGGGCGGAUGGAUAGCUUGAUGACGAGGUGGCCUUUGCUACAAGGCGGGAGGAGAUUACGAUGA